GGCUGGCAUGGGAGAGCUCCAAAGCUAGGUGGAAAUUGUUCCGCUGCGUUGAGUAGAUAUACUUGUGCCCCUCCAAAUUUAUUUAGACCCCUCUCCCCCAUUCUCUAUCCUCAGAGCUUCGAACCCAGUCUUCACUCGUCCUGAAAGUUCAGAAUCGUCACAAUGGCUCCACCCAACACCAGAUCGUCCUCGAUAUCCUCAGCAUCGACCUCGAGCUCCAAGUGCUCAUAUACUUCAAUCAAGAAGAAAUUCGGUUGCAACCACCCAGGUUGCGGCAAGUCAUUCUCUAGAUCUGAACAUCUCCAUCGACAUGCUUUGAACCACAAAGAUGGCAACAAUACGUGCUUAAGAUGUAGUGCCCACUUCCGUAGGCGUGACCUGCUAGACCGCCAUAUGGCUCGCCACAAGGAGAAGGACGAUGAAGCCGGAGGAGAAGGAUUGGGGAUAUUGGCAACCAGAAAGAGACUUUGGAGAGACUCGGACGGAAACAUUGUGAACGCCAGACGACCAUCAUACACCCAGGAAGGCGCCAAGAGAAGACAAUUGAGUCAGGCAGACCGCAAAAAGUCGACAUCAAGUACAUCCUCCAGCGACAGCGACGGCGAAUACCAACCAACCAAAGGACACUCACUCAUGUCAUCACUUCCUACACCCCCCGUCGCAAUGUCCAGAAGUGGAUCCUCUUCCUCCACAAUUGUUGUUGAUACCGGUGCGCCGGGAUACCCAGAGAAGGAUCAACCCCAGAAAACCGAGGGUUCCUGGCUAGGCAUGUCAGCACUACCCUCACCACCAAUUUCCGAGCCUCAAUCAACAAAACAGAGCCCUGAACCUGAGAUGGAUGAGUUGGAUACGCUCUACGAGGACUCGUGGCCCGUCAUGCAUGAUGGAUUGCCUGAGAUUGUGAACAACAGCCCCGUCCUCGGUCGUCAGUCCGAAUAUCCAGCGAGCCCGUCCUGGGGUCCCCAGCCAUUUCAAACAUUCAUGGGUGCAAUGGCAGAGUUGCCCUACGAUGAUAUAUUCAAACCAGAGACUGGCUUGUAUGAUUGGCAAGCCUGGAACAGCCAAGUUUUAAUGUCGAGAUGUCGAGAAGAGAAAUAUGAUCCCUUUGAAGAGCGUAAGAGAGAAUGGGGAAGUUCAUACCCGACCCAGGAAGGGGCCUUCAGAAGGACAUUUGGAUUAGGAACAUGUUAAUGCUGUAAUUUGGGGUAGCAAUAAUACCUAGAAUGAAUCCGUCGAAAUUCAACGCCAGUCUC